AUGGCUGUCCGCGCGCAAUUUGAAAACUCCAACGAAGUUGGUGUCUUUUCUACUCUCACAAACGCAUAUGCGAUUGUCGCAGUCGGCGCGAGCGAGAACUUUUACAGUGUCUUCGAAGCCGAACUUCAGGAUGUCAUUCCCAUUUGCCAUGCCACCAUCGCCGGAACCAGAAUAGUCGGCAGAUUGACAGCUGGCAACAAGAAAGGCCUCCUUGUCCCCACCACCACCACCGACCAAGAACUCCAGCACCUGCGAAAUUCCAUACCCGAUGAAGUCAAAAUUCAGAGGAUAGAAGAGCGCUUAUCCGCUCUCGGUAACGUCAUAUGCUGCAACGACCACGUCGCCCUCGUCCACCCGGACAUUGAGCGCGAGACGGAAGAGAUAAUAGCAGAUGUGCUGGGCGUUGAGGUUUUCAGGCAAACCAUUGCUGACAACGUGCUCACCGGAAGCUACAUGGCACUAAGCAAUCAGGGUGGCAUUGUCCACCCCAAGACCAGUAUCCAGGACCAGGAUGAGCUGUCAAGUUUGCUCCAGGUUCCGCUUGUUGCAGGCAGUGUGAACCGCGGUAGCGCUGUUGUCGGCGCUGGAAUGGUCGUCAACGACUGGAUGGCCGUUACUGGUCUCGACACCACCGCUACUGAACUUUCGGUCGUCGAAUCAGUUUUCAGGCUCGGCGAGGGCAAUGGCCCUGCCAACAUCAACACCACGCACAAGGACGCCAUGGUCGAGUCUUUCUACUAA